AUGGAGCGUUCAUUAGCAGAUAUACUUAAAGAAGAACGUCAGAUUGGUCACAAAGGAGAUGAGGGUUGGAAAGCAGUUGCUUAUAACACAGAUGCGGCCACAUUGUCUGCACAAUUUGAUAUUGAAGUAAGUGUUGAUAACAUAAGAAAUCAUGUUAAAACCUGGAAAAGGUUUUAUGGUAUAGUCAGUGAUAUAUUAAGUCAUAGUGGAUUCAAUUGGGAUGCAACAAAGAAGAUGAUCAGUGUAGAUGAAAACAAUGUUUGGGAUGAGUACGUGAAGGUAAUUUAUAAUGCAAUUAUAUCUUGUUUGGAUUUAUGUAGCAAAGAUAGAGCUACUGGAGUGGGUGCUGAAACAUGUGCAGAAGCUGCUGAGAUUAUGACUCCUGAGAGUGAUCCCAAUAAUAUUGUUGAUUUGGAAAGUGAUACUCAAGGUUUUGAGAGUUAUCAGGUUGAUGAUGUUUCACCCAGCUCUAGUUGUCCAAAGAGAAGAAAUCAAAAUCCUUUUGAUAUUCCCCCACCAAAGAAAAGAGGUACAACUAAUAUUCUUGCUGAUUCAGUGGCUAAGAUGGCUUCAUCUUUGGAACACUUUAUCAAUUCUACUACACAAAAGCUUGAUCCAACAGAAGUAUAUAAUGAAGUCAUUGCAAUUCCAGAUCUUAGUCCAAAUGACAACUGA